CAGAAAAAUGUCCCCUCCCGUUGGUCCGGUUCCCUGCAAAGUAAAUUGUCCCAGUUGCCGCCAAGAGGUUACCACCCGUGUUAAGCCGAGGGCCACCACCAAGACGCACAUCCUAGCGCUGAUCAUGUGCUUCACUUGCUGCUGGCCCUGUGCUUGCUGCCUCUACUGCACCAAAUGUGCCCGGAACGCGAACCAUCACUGUCCAUCUUGCAACGCUUACAUUGGCACCUACGAGCGAUAAGAAACUUCCGUCAUUCCAUCUCUCUAAAACCUAUA